AUGAGCUUACAAGAGCUAGACCAACGGAAGGAUAGGUCCAAAGUUCCUCGUCAGGAAUGGGUUCCUAGAGCCACAGCCACCGCCGUCUCCACCACCAAUGCCGGCCGGCAGUUAUAUAAGGAUGGUGAUGCUGGUAGCUCUAAUCCAACGAGUCGGCAUAGAAGGAGUUACAUGAGUCGUCCUAUUCCCAUGAAUCAUGUGGGGAAGGGAUUGAAUUUGAAAGACCAUGACUUGCCUCAGCUGCUGCAAGAGAUUCAGGACAAGCUCAUGAAAGGCGUUGUUGAAUGCAUGAUUUGCUAUGACACCGUCCGGAGGUCUGCACCUAUAUGGUCUUGCUCCAGUUGCUACUCUAUCUUUCACCUUAAUUGCAUAAAGAAGUGGUCUCGGGCACCCGUUUCCAAUGAUUUGUCUGCACAGAAGAAUCAAGGGUUUAAUUGGCGGUGCCCUGGUUGUCAGUCUGUGCAGCUCAUAUCAUCCAAGGAGACUAGGUAUCUUUGCUUCUGUGGAAAGAGGCCAGACCCACCAUCUGAUUUGUAUCUCACGCCACAUUCCUGUGGAGAACCAUGUGGAAAGCCUCUUGAGAAGGAGCUCUUGGUUACUGGAGGGAAUAAGGAUGAUCUUUGCCCUCAUGUUUGUGUCUUGCAAUGCCAUCCGGGUCCAUGCCCUCCAUGCAAAGCAUUUGCCCCACCACGUUUGUGUCCUUGUGGGAAGAAAAAUAUUACCACUCGUUGCUCUGACCGCCAGUCUGUUAUUACUUGUGGCCAGCACUGUGAAAAGCUUCUUGAAUGUGGCCGUCAUCGUUGUGAGCGAAUCUGUCAUCUGGGUCCUUGUGAUCCUUGUCAGGUUCCAAUCAAUGCCUCUUGCUUUUGCAGUAAAAAGAUGGAGGUUAUUCUUUGUGGGGACAUGGCUGUGAAGGGUGAAAUCAAAGCAGAAGGUGGAGUUUUUUCUUGUGAUUCCAAUUGUGGAAAGAAACUUGGUUGUGGUAAUCAUAUCUGUAUUCAGACUUGUCAUCCAGGCAGCUGUGGGGAGUGUGAAUUGUUACCAAGCCGGAUUAAGACAUGCUUUUGUGGGAAAACUAGAUUGGAGGAGGAACGGCAGAGUUGUUUAGACUCAAUACCUACCUGUUCACACGUAUGUGGUAAGUCCCUUCCAUGCGGCAUGCAUCAUUGCGAAGAGGCAUGCCAUGCUGGGGAUUGUUCUCCUUGUUUGGUUCUAGUCUCCCAUAAGUGUCGAUGUGGUUCAACUUCCCGAACUGUGGAGUGCUACAAGGCAAUGAUGGAGAAUGAGAAAUUUACUUGUGAAAAGCCUUGUGGGCAUAAAAAGAAUUGUGGAAGGCAUCGAUGUAGUGAACGUUGUUGUCCACUUUCUAAUCCGAAUAAUAAUCUAAAUGCAGAUUGGGAUCCACACUUUUGUUCCAUGCCAUGUGGAAAGAAGUUAAGGUGCGGGCAGCAUGGCUGUGAAUCCACGUGUCAUAGUGGUCAUUGUCCACCUUGUCUUGAAACUAUAUUCACUGAUUUGACAUGUGCUUGUGGCAGGACUUCAAUCCCUCCUCCACAGCCUUGUGGUACACCGCUUCCCUCAUGUCAGCUUCCAUGUUCAGUUCCUCAACCUUGUGGUCAUCCAGCCUCCCACAGCUGCCAUUCUGGAGAUUGCACUCCUUGUUCAGUGCUUGUAGCAAAAGAAUGUAUUGGUGGGCAUGUUGUUCUUAGGAACAUACCUUGUGGUUCAAAACAUAGUAGAUGUAAUAAUCUCUGUGGGAAGACCAGACAAUGUGGUUUACAUGCUUGUGGCAGAACAUGUCACCCCCCACCUUGUGAUAAUCCAUAUGUUGUGCAUGGUUUCCGAGCUUCUUGUGGGCAAACAUGUGGUGCUCCAAAAAGAGACUGCCGACAUACAUGUACAGCUCCUUGUCACCCUUCAUCUCCAUGUCCAGACAUACUAUGUGAAUUCCCUGUUACAAUUGCUUGUUCUUGUGGCAGAAUAACAGCUAACGUUCCUUGUGGUGUUAAUUAUAACGCUGAUACCAUACAUGAAGCUUCCAAUAUUCAGAAGUUGCCAGUGCUGCUUCAAUCAGUGGAUGCAAAUGUCAAAAAAAUUCCCCUUGGACAAAGAAAGCUGAUGUGUAAUGAUGAGUGUGCUCAGUUGGAGCGAAAAAGGAUUCUUGCAGAUGCUUUUGAGAUUACCCCUCCAAAUCUGGAUUCUCUCCAUUUUGGUGAUAAUUCUAUUGCUUCUGAAUUUCUUGCUGAUCUGUUAAGACGUGAUCCUAAAUGGGUUUUAUCUGUUGAGGAGAGAUGCAAAUGUUUAGUGCUGGGCAAGAGUAGAGGAACUACACAUGGUCUAAAAGUCCAUGUUUUCUGUCCUAUGCUAAAGGAUAAGAGAGAUGCAGUGAGGGUGAUUGCUGAGAGAUGGAAGCUUGCAGUGAACGCAGCUGGUUGGGAGCCAAAGCAUUUUAUAGUUGUUCAUGUUACCUCAAAAUCAAGAGCCCCUGCUCGUGUGCUAGGAGUUAAGGGUACUACAACUGUGCAUGUUCCCCUUCCUCCUGCAUUUGAUCCUUUGGUAGAUAUGGACCCUCGGCUUGUUGUCUCCUUUUCAGAUUUGCCAAGGGAUGCAGAUAUUAGUGCAUUGGUGUUGAGAUUUGGGGGUGAGUGUGAACUUGUUUGGUUAAAUGACAAAAAUGCAUUGGCUGUUUUUAAUGAUCCUGCGCGAGCUGCAGCUGCAACAAGAAGGUUGGAUCAUGGAACUGUUUAUCAGGGAGCUGUUGUGCUUGUUCCUAAUGGAGGGGCAUCUGUGGCAUCUUCAGCUACCAAUGCUUGGGGAGGAGCUGGGAUAAUGAAAGAAGGAGGAGCAGUGGCAGUAUUAAAUGGUAAUCCGUGGAAAAAGGGUGUUGUUCGAGAGCCAGGUUGGAGAGAAGAUUCUUGGGGUGAUGAGGAGUGGGCUCCUGGUUUUGCUUAUGUCGAUUCGUCGUCUAUUAGGAAGAAAGAAGACCCAAUACCCGCUUCAUUAAAUCCUUGGAGUGUCUUAGAUCAAGAAUUGUCUUCGAGUUCAUCUGUUGAAGCCGUUAAAAUUGAAGCUUCUACUAAACGCUUUGAAAGUAGUGUCGUCGAAAUGUUGGAGCCUCGUGAUAGUGGUUCAAAUCUAGAAGGGCAGGAUGGAGGAGACUUUGUUGCAUCAGAAGUUUCUGAUGUAGUAGAUGAUUGGGAGAAGGCUUAUGAAUGA